CGUUGAAACACCCUGUUCUGAAUGUCAAAAGUACCUUCAUGUAUGUAUGUGUGUGUGAUUAUCGAUUUUUGUGUUAACUGUCAGCUGUCAAGUGGGCAAAAGUUUUUUGUUGGGAGAAAAAAAACUUUAUUAACGAAUACGGAAAAAUGAUUAACGCCGUGUCGCGUGCUUAUUUGCGUGCCAGCUCCCAUGCUGUUCCCAAUGGUUUGAAACCUGCCGCCCUCACUGCGGUCCAGGGUAAGAGAACUGUGGUGCCUGAGAAUUCGGAAAAGAAGGCUCCUUGUGGCAAUACCAGAGCUUCGACAGUCCUCACAACUGUCCAACAAGUUCGUUUGGCCCACACUGACUUGCAAGCUCCCGACUUUUCGCCCUACCGUCGUGACUCGGUCAAGGAUGUUAAUCGCAAAAAUACCACCGCCGAAGAACGCAAGGCCUUCUCCUACAUGUUGGUUGGUGCUGGUGCCGUCGGCAGUGCCUAUGCCGCCAAGGGUUUGGUCACCGCUUUCGUUAGCUCCAUGAGCGCAUCUGCUGAUGUCUUGGCUAUGGCUAAGAUUGAAAUCAAAUUGUCUGAUAUUCCUGAAGGCAAGUCUGUUACCUUCAAAUGGCGUGGUAAGCCAUUGUUCAUUCGUCACCGUACCGCUAGUGAAAUCGCCACUGAACGCGGUGUACCCACAGCCACUUUGCGUGAUCCUCAAACCGAUGAUCAACGUGUGCAAAAGCCUGAAUGGUUGGUUGUCAUCGGUGUCUGCACACAUUUGGGUUGUGUACCCAUUGCCAAUUCCGGUGAUUUCGGUGGCUACUAUUGCCCAUGCCACGGUUCUCACUACGAUGCCUCUGGUCGUAUCCGUAAGGGACCUGCUCCAUUGAAUUUGGAAGUACCCGCUCAUGUAUUCCCCGAUGAAGGUACCUUGGUCGUUGGUUAAAUGACUAAAUGAAAUACCGUAUUCUUCAGUCUGUAAGCUUAGACCCGAAAUAUAACAACAUCCUAGCAAAAAAUGUCAUAACAACUGGAAAGAUCCACGUCCAGGAUAUGUUCACAAUUAAUGUUAUAGUUAAAUGAAUGAAAAACCAAAUAAAAAAAAACAGUAAAACAUUAACCACACAAGAGAAAUUGUGAUCGAAACAAAACAACAAACAAAAAUCUUAAACGUCUUUAAUAAUAAUAUGGAUAAUUUUCCAAUACGAUAAAAACA